AUGGCCGACACGGAGCACGAAGUCGCAGAGGUGACCUCUCAGGCAGAAGCCAGUGCAUUCACCGAGAUAGUUUCUCCGCAACCGUUGAGGGCAGACAAGGCUCAAUUAUCGACGGGCUCGGAAUGGAAAGAAAUUGGAGGAGAGAUGGAAAGCGCAGAGCAAGAUAAAUCCCAUGGCGUCGACAACCAUGAACAUGCGCCUGAUGAUGCCCAUCUGACUGAAGAAGAUGAGGUCACAGCGGCUUCUUCGAGGACAGGAGACACAAGUGAGGAAAAGACUGAUGCUGUUGACCAAGACGAGAGCAACCGACAUGGCGAGAAUCAGUCUAUAGCCGACACCGCCCCCGCAUCGCAUGACACACCGGCGGAGGGAAAUCCAGAACCGCGAGCCCGCUCCGAUUCGAGAUCUACUACCGCGACACAAGCGACACAAGCGACGCAAGCAACCCAAUCAACCCACCGCUCAACUCCCGUGAGCUCUACAGUCUUUGUUGUUACGGCACUGGAGGCGAUUGCGACUUCGAAAGAUGCGAAGAGGAACAAGGAGUUGGAGGAUGCGGUCCAGAAGGCCCUGUCCAAUAUCAAGCAGGCCGAUGCCAGGCCUCUCGAUCCCGAGGUUAUCUUCCUUCCUCUACAAUUAGCCACCAAGACCUUCAGUAUCCCGCUUCAGGUGACUGCUCUAGACUGCAUUGGAAAAUUAAUCACAUACUCUUAUUUUGCCUUCCCUUCGAGUCGUCCGAACCAAGAUAGCGCAAACCCGGCCGACAGAGAUCUCCCGUUGAUCGAACGGGCGAUUGAAACGAUUUGCGAUUGUUUUGAAAAUGAAGCCACGCCAGUGGAAAUCCAACAACAGAUUAUUAAAUCCUUGCUAGCCGCCGUGUUGAACGACAAGAUUGUCGUACACGGCGCAGGCCUUUUGAAGGCCGUACGUCAAAUAUACAACAUUUUUAUAUAUUCCAAGUCGAGUCAGAAUCAGCAGAUUGCGCAAGGUUCACUGACGCAGAUGUUGGGAACUGUCUUUGACCGAGUCCGUAUGAGGCUGGAUUUGAAAGAAGCACGUCUGCGGGAACCGGAAGGCCAGCACGAAACUCCUGUAGAAUCUAUAAUAGUCGAUGCUGGUGAGGGCAGUCAAUUGUCAGAAUCUGUGGAGGUUGCAUCAACUAUCUCCGAUCAACCGACGCAAAAAGAACCCACAGAAAAGCUUACUCUACAAAGCUUUGAGUCAAGCAAGGACGAUACAAUGGUUACCGACAAUGCUCCUACUAUGGUUACUCGAGCAAGAACAACUCAUCGUUCCACUCGGUCUGUGUCCAACGUGACAGAUGAGAAGGAAGAUGAAGGAUCCGAGGAUGAGGUCGACGAGAUCUAUGUGAAGGACGCCUUCCUCGUUUUCAGGGCUAUGUGUAAGCUGAGCCAUAAGACACUUACGCACGAUCAACAGAUGGAUAUCAAAUCCCAGAAUAUGCGUUCCAAGCUACUAUCACUGCAUCUCAUUCAUCACCUCAUCAACAACCAUAUCACUGUUUUCACAUCACCAUUGGCAACAAUUAGAAACAGUAACACUUCCUCAGACUCUAUAACCCUUCUCCAAGCUAUCAAGCCUCACCUCUGCUUGAGUCUCAGCCGCAAUGGAUCCAGUUCUGUUCCCAAGGUCUUUGAAGUAUGCUCCGAAAUAUUCUGGCUUAUGUUGAAACAUAUGAGAGUUAUGUUUAAGAAAGAAUUGGAGGUCUUCCUCAAGGAAAUAUACCUUGCCAUUCUCGAAAGACGCAGCUCUCCAGCAUUCCAGAAGCAAUACUUUAUGGAAAUCCUCGAGAGACUUUCAGGCGAUUCUCGCGCUUUGGUGGAGAUAUAUCUAAAUUAUGACUGUGACAGAACUGCGUUGGAAAAUAUCUUUCAAGAGUUGAUCGAACAAAUAUCUCGUUUCGUGAUCAUGCCGGUACCCGUCACGGCUCAGCACACUUCACACGAAAACCGCGUCAAGUCCUCAAACACUCCAGACUGGCACCAACGGGGUACUCUUCCUCCUAAUUUGACCACGGCAAGCCUCAGCAACAGCGCCGCUCCAAGUCCACAGAAUGGGUCUCUGGAGCUUUAUAUGAAGUAUCACGCUCUUGAUUGUUUGGUUGAGAUUCUGCGGUCUCUUGACAGCUGGUCUUCCCAGCGACUACCAAUCUCCGCCAAUGGCCACCGCGACGAUGUGUCGCGUAAGUCUGUGGAACAUUACCGAGAAUCUAUAGAUGCGCCAUCGUUGUCAGCACUUCCAUCUCCUUAUAUUGACAGUGGCGGAACUGGAACCGGUCGUUCGACUCCCGCAGUUGAAGAUGACCCGAACGAAAUAGAAAAGGCCAGACAGCGAAAAGCAGCUUUAUCUCAUGCCAUCCAACAAUUCAAUUUCAAACCCAAGAGAGGAAUCAAGCUUUUGCUCAAAGAAGGGUUUAUUCGAUCUGAUUCACCGAAAGACAUCGCUCAUUUCCUACUUCGCAAUGAUCGUCUUGAUAAGUCUAUGAUCGGAGAGUACCUCGGAGAAGGUGAACCCGAAAAUGUUGCAAUUAUGCAUGCCUUCGUUGACAGUAUGGAUUUCACGAAACGACGGUUCGUUGAUGCUCUUCGCCAGUUCUUGCAGAGUUUCCGGUUGCCUGGAGAAGCCCAGAAGAUCGAUCGAUUUAUGCUCAAGUUUGCAGAGCGUUACCUUGCAAAUAAUCCAAACAGCUUUGCCAAUGCGGAUACGGCGUAUGUUCUGGCGUACUCGGUCAUUCUGCUCAACACAGAUCAACAUAGUAGCAAAAUGAAGGGUCGACGCAUGACAAAGGAAGAUUUCAUUAAGAACAACCGAGGAAUCAACGAUAAUCAAGAUCUUCCAGACGAGUACCUCAUCUCCAUCUUCGAUGAAAUUGCCAAAAAUGAGAUUGUGCUAGAUUCAGAACGAGAGCAUGCUGCUAAUCAAGGAAUAGCUCCCGCUACUCCUGCAGGCUUUGCUUCAAGAGCGGGUCAAGUCUUUGCCACUGUUGGCAGAGAUCUCCAGGGAGAAAAAUACGCUCAAGCAUCGGAAGAAAUGGCCAACAAGACCGAGCAACUAUACAGGAGUCUCAUCAAAGCGCAGCGCAGAACUGCCGUGAAAGAUGAGCUAUCCCGCUUCAUUCCGGCCACUUCAGUGCGUCAUGUUGGAUCUAUGUUUAACGUGACCUGGACGUCCUUCUUGUCGGGUCUAUCUGCUCCUGUCCAGGAAACACAGGAUAUUGAAAAGAUAAGGCUUUGUAUGGAAGGAAUCAGACUAGCAAUACGUAUAUCCUGCUCUUUUGAUCUAGAGACGCCCCGAGUGGCCUUUGUGACAGCUUUGGCCAAGUUUACAAACCUUGGUAACCUUCGAGAAAUGACCAGCAAGAACUUGGAAGCAUUGAAAGUGCUAUUGGAAGUUGCUGUAUCUGAAGGAAAUCAUCUCCGAGACUCCUGGCGUGAGAUUCUAACUUGUGUCAGUCAGCUGGAUCGUUUCCAAUUGUUGAGCGAUGGUGUCGACGAGGGAACGUUACCCGAUGUGUCUAGAACACGAGUCGUGCCAUCGAACUCAAAUGACGCCUCUAGGAGAUCAACACAGUCUACCAGACGACGUCAACGUUCCACGGCUAGUUCGUUGUCUUUUAGACCUGAAAUAGCUGUUGAAAGUCGCUCAGCUGAAAUGGUCCAUGCUGUCGAUCGAAUCUUUAGCAACACAGCAAACCUUUCUCACGAAGCAAUUGUGGACUUUGUUCGAGCGCUUAGCGAAGUGAGCUUGCAAGAGAUCCAGUCCUCCGGUCAGAGUGAAUCUCCUCGCACCUACAGUCUCCAGAAGGUGGUUGAGAUCAGUUAUUACAACAUGACUCGAGUCAGGAUUGAAUGGUCUAGGAUCUGGGAAAUCCUUGGCCAGCACUUUAACGAAGUUGGGUGCCAGUCUAACACGAACGUGGUAUUCUUCGCACUCGAUUCAUUGCGUCAACUUUCAAUGAGAUUCAUGGAAAUCGAAGAACUACCUGGUUUCAAAUUCCAAAAAGACUUCCUCAAACCGUUCGAACAUAUCAUGGCCAAUAGUAACACUGUAACCGUCAAGGAUAUGGUCUUGCGAUGCCUUAUUCAGAUGAUUCAGGCUCGUGGUCAUAACAUACGUUCCGGUUGGAAAACAAUGUUUGGUGUAUUCACCGUCGCAGCUCGGGAGCCAUAUGAGGGCAUCGUGAAUAUGGCAUUCGAGCAUGUUACUCAAAUCUACAACACUCGCUUCGGAGUAGUGAUCAGCCAAGGAGCCUUUGCAGACUUGAUUAUUUGCUUGACAGAAUUCUCAAAGAACAUCAAAUUUCAGAAGAAGUCGCUCCAAGCCAUUGAGACGCUCAAAGCAUCUGCUACCAAGAUGCUCAAAACUCCAGAGUGCCCUCUCUCCCGCAAGCAUAUACCUAGCGCAGAAGUUAUAGAAAAUACGGGCUCUAAUUUGACACAUCAACUGAAUCGUCAAAGUGAGGAAGAACAGUUUUGGUACCCAGUGCUCAUUGCCUUUCAGGAUGUCUUGAUGACUGGAGACGACCUAGAGGUUCGCUCGAGGGCACUGAACUAUCUCUUCGAGACACUCAUUAGAUAUGGUGGUGAUUUUCCACAAGAAUUCUGGGAUGUCCUUUGGAGACAGCUGCUGUACCCAAUCUUCGUCGUUUUACAAUCCAAGUCGGAGAUGUCAAAAGUGCCUAACCACGAAGAACUCUCCGUUUGGCUGUCGACAACCAUGAUCCAAGCUCUCCGACAUAUGAUAACCCUUUUCACACAUUAUUUUGACGCGUUACAGAGCAUGCUUGAUCGCUUCUUGGGUCUUUUGACUCUCUGUAUCUGCCAGGAGAAUGACACAAUUGCACGAAUUGGAAGUAACUGCCUACAGCAGUUAAUCUUGCGAAAUGUGACCAAGUUCUCGGACGAACAUUGGGGUAAGAUUGUGGGCGCGUUUGUUGAACUUUUUGAUAAAACUACCGCAUACGAGCUCUUCACGGCUGCUUCUCCUCUACCAUCAAGGGCACCAACAUCAGAAACACCGAAACGCAAUGGUGAUGCUACGAGCAACGGAGCCGUGUCCGUGUCGGAGAAUUCCGUUGCUGCUUCCGAUGAUGACCGCGGACUUACAAUCAAUGGGGCGCAGACCCCUGUGGCUGAGAAUGGAGACGCUGGAGAAACAUUUAAUGGCGCUCUACAUGAUACGACUGCGGCGGCCGAACUCGAGGACUACCGGCCACAAGCCCAGGAAAUAAAUCAGCAGCCAGCAGCUGUGACUGUUGCGAGGCGGAGGUUCUUCAACCGCAUCAUAACAAAUUGCGUCCUACAACUACUCAUGAUUGAGACUGUUCAUGAACUGUUCUCAAAUGACAAUGUGUAUGAUGAAAUUCCUAGCGCGGAGCUUCUUCGUCUUAUGGGUCUGCUGAAAAAGAGCUACCAAUUUGCCAAGAAGUUCAACGAAGACAAGGAUUUGCGUAUGCAAUUGUGGCGUCAGGGAUUCAUGAAACAACCCCCCAAUCUCCUCAAGCAGGAAAGUGGUAGUGCUGCCACAUAUGUCAACAUACUUUUCCGCAUGUAUAGCGAUGAGCGGGAAGAGAGAAAGAGCAGUAGAAGCGAGACCGAGACUGCACUCGUUCCAUUAUGUGCAGAUAUCAUUCGCAGCUAUGUUCGUCUCGAUGAGGAGACCCAACAUCGCAAUAUCGUAGCCUGGCGCCCUGUUGUAGUUGACGUGAUGGAAGGUUACGUCAAUUUCCCUCAGGACAGCUUCUCUCAGUAUAUCGACACCUUUUACCCCUUGACCAUUGAUCUGCUUGGUCGGGAUCUGAGCUCUUCGGAGAUCCGACAUGCUCUUCAGUCUCUUCUUCGGCGAGUUGGGGAAGCCAAACUUGGAUUGACGUUUCCAUCCAACAGUAACAACGAACCAUCUUCAUCAGCCAAUUCUAUUAGGACAUACAGCCGUAGCCACUGAAGGGUGACUCGCAUAUUAAUCAUAAAAAGAUCAUUUCGUGCAUCUAAUUCCCCCUAUUGUAUUCUUGAAUGUCUUCUUUUU